GAAAAAGGUGUGAUGUGGGCCUAAAAUGUGGUCGUAUGGGUUGUCACUCCACUGAAGCAGGGGGGCCAGUCCUCCGUAGCUGACCGACAUUGGAACCAAACUCUCCGAGCUUUUCUUCCAUUCCCUGGACGGGAAGUUAAAGCCGGACUGAGGUGUUCACAGUUCUGGUCCACCUUGCCAUUCAUUGCCUUUUUGUAUUUUAUUAUUAUUAUUGUUUUUAUUUUUAUUUUUCUUCCCCCUCUCUUGUUAUUUUAUUCUUAUUAUUAUUAUUCUUCUCUUAUUAUUACCUCCAGGGUCAUUUUACUCCCACCAGCUCUUCUCCUCUUUGUUCAAGGGCUGUUUCCAUCCAAUCCAAUUUUAUUUCCUCCUUUAUUUGAGGCAACAGCUCGUUGCUAUUGUCCCGCCCGCAGCCCACCUUCCCCAAAUUUCACCUCUACCCCCCCCUAAAGCCUUCACGUCUAAGAAAAGACCCUCAGCUUGUUCAGGUGGUAGAUGGACGACACCUACCGCCCGGACCAAGUCUUCAAAAUAACGUCCACUCAAGGAAUAGACCAUAAUAAACCCACAGCCCCAUCCGAGGUCGUCAACGAAAAGUCGCCCGCAGCUCUUUCUUCUGCCCACCUCCACUCAAACCUACCAGCAGCUUCUCUUCCCGACACCACCGCAAAACCAGGCUCCAGAAAGAGCCAACUUCUGCAGCAACACCAGCAGCAAAAGUCGUCGCCAGCGAGUACAAACGCAGCUUCCGACCCAAAGCCGCAGCGGGCCGGUGGCAUAUUCGCGUAUGCCGCCGCGGCCCUCGACAGGACACUCUCGGAAUCUCGAAAUAUACGCUCACGCCCGUCUCUGAACCGAUUGUCAGUCUCGGUACUGCCCGAGCCCACGACGACCACAACCUCUCCCCGACAGUCCACCGGCGGCAGCAGCGGUAGCAGUAGCCCCGAGAAGAAGGCUCGAAACCGCGCUUCGGUGUCGAACCUGCGGCUCUCGUCGCUGGGAACCCCACCCUCACAACCUUACAACGAUACCGAUCCUUCGCAACCAGCCCCAGUCCGCGUGCAGCGGCUAUCCAACAAGAUGCAUCAAACCUCGUCAAGAUUACUCCGCAUGACGGACGACGACCGUCCAUUUACCAAGGACUUCAAAGAUUUGUUCGCUACGUUGAUUGUUAGCAUGCUACCCCUGACACCGCAUCGAGUCCGCCUCACCAAGAUCGAUCACACGUUUUUGUCCGAGGAUGCUAUCAAUAACCUCGGCUCGCUCAAGUUCUCUCAGUCAAAUCGUAUGCCCGACCCCAAAGAUGUUGCGAGAAUAGUCACCACCACAACAACCACCACGUUCUCCAUGGCCAAGGAAAUGGCAAGGUCAAUGCUUCAACGCUUUCUCGAGGCCCGCCUCAUCGAGUCGGCAGACGGCAAAUAUCAGCAGGUUUACACGAUGAGGGGAACCGUCUGGCAAUUAACGCCCAAAGGCAUCUCCAUCUUGGACUCUUUUGCUUCGCGUAACGGCAUUCAAGACAGGCAAAUACCGGAAAUUGUCGGCUCAUCCCUAGCCCAGCUCGUAACUCUGGAGCGGGAUCCGGCAACGGACAAGCUGGUCAAGGAUUUUCAUACGAUCGAAGUUAUCUUUGGCCGCUUCAUUGGCAUACACGGGCCCAAUGUCAAGUCCAGCGUCAGCUCUGCAGACUCGGACUCAUUAAGUGACUAUCGUGACGGGUUGACCGGAGUCAAGAUGGCACCAGAGCGCAAGGUCAACGGCAAGGUUCACAAGGAUACUUUUACCGGAAAGGCAGCUUCUGAGUGGCUUAUGGAUUGCUGCACGACGGUUGAUCGCAGGGAGGCCGUUGAGAUCGCGUCGUUGUUCGUCGAGUACGAGCUGAUUGAGGCAUUGCAGCAAGACCGCUCACAUAUUCAGCAGUUUCCCGGAUGCCAAAUUUUCCAGCCAACAAAGCAUGCUAUUUACCACAUGACAAGUAAAGGCAAGGACAUGAUUAACGGCUCAGUCCCGAGGGGUCGGGCGUCCGAAGGCGAUGCCACACACUCGGCAACUCACCGCCACGGCGUCGCCCGCGACUCGAAUACGCAGCGCAUGGACAAGAUCCUGAACGACGCGGCGCUACGUCUGCUGUUCCGCGAGAACCUGCGCGAGACGCAUUGCGAGGAGAAUCUUUCCUUUUACUUGGAUGUUGAGGAGUUUGUGAGGCUCUGCCGCUCAGCUGUUCGCCAAGCCCAGCUCGCCCAGAGCUCGUCGGCGAACUCGGCGGAGGCUAAGAAGCAAGCGCUGGACGGAGUCAAAGAGGUCAUGGCACAGGCGUACGGUAUAUACAACGCGUUCCUCGCCCCGGGAUCGCCAUGCGAGCUCAAUAUUGAUCAUCAAUUACGGAAUAAUCUUGCUACACGCAUGACGAAGGCUGUUGGUCAAGACUCGGCAAUGGUUGAGACAUUGCAGGAGGUUAUGGCCCUUUUUGAGGAUGCACAAAAUGCCGUAUUCAAGCUGAUGGCUAGCGAUUCCGUGCCCAAGUUCCUUCGCAGCCGCAGGUACGAGCAUCUACUCAAGAACUAUGACUUUGAUUCAGUGUCUCUCGAAUCUUCACCGCGGGUACCUGAACGCAGUCAAAGCCGCUCGCAACGGUUAUGAACUUAAUCCAGACAUUUCGAUCUCCAAUUGAACGUGCCGCCUGUCAGGCGACAUGACAUAUCAUUCGUCGGAUCAAGAGCGAUAGGCUCGUCUCGCCAAGUUUUCUCGCACUUAAUUGCACAAAACUUCAAUCACAUAUAUCGGAUACCCAGGUGCAGAAAAACGCAGAUGAAGUAAUGGAUGCCCCCUGGGCCAAUGCGCCUCGCCUUGCACGGCUGUAGGCUCAUGGCUUUGGUGUCCAUCGCCUUAGUGGAGCAGGCCAGGCCCUUAAUUUGAGUUGAUCGACACCAAUACUUGCACGAUUGUUGAACUACCCUUGAUGCUUAUGUUUUCGCCUUGUCUCUCUCCCUAUGUCCUUUUUUUAUCUUAUUUUUUUAACAUGCUCAAACGGGGACAUUUUUUUCUGGAAACUGCGGCGUUAUCAAAAGAGGGGGGUCUUUCUGAGUAUCUGGUUCGAAUAUCUUGUUUAUUUUACUAUGGGUAUCUUUUCUUUUCUUUUUUUUUUUGUCACGUCUUUAUUUUCAGCAUAGAGAAGACAUCGCAGGCGGCCAACUGACAUGAACCCGGUGUUUUUUUUUAUUCCCUUUGUGGCGCAAUAUGGAUUCCCCGGGCAAAGAUCCCCCUGGUUUUUGAAAGAAAAAAAUGGGGGGCAUACACAGACUUCGUUUUUUCUUCCAUUUUAUUUUUUGAACUCCUUUUUUUUUUUCUCGUCUCUUUUUUUUUAUUUAUUUUUUUACUGUUUUACU